AUGUCAUUUACUUCAUCCGAGAGUCAAAAUGUCCCUGACGACCCUCACAGGCCCAGAAGCGACACAUUCUCCGCUGAGUUGGAACUUCGCAACAGCUUUGAAUCGGACUCCGAGGAGGCAUGCUUUGACAUCAUGCAUUGCAUAAAAAUGAGCUGCAGCCGCAUGUUCAUGCAGGACAGAGGAUGUAAUGACGGUUUGGGAUUGCUGAGCGUUGGCGGCAUCUCCUCUUGUGAAAGCCAAAUCGUCCGCAGUCCUCCGAUGUCCAGAACAUCCCUCCAUACAUCCUACAAGGCUCUAGAAGCAGCAGGGCCUUCAGAAAGCAUGGAUUUCUGUAGUGACCACGAAGUGUCUUCUAUCGAGUCUACAUCUCUAGGAGUGUCACCUGCAGACUCUGUGGACAGCAGUACAGAAAUCCAUGUCAGUCUAAGGAAGAAAGUGAAGAACAGGAUCUGCUCAUUCUUCAAGAGGACAUGGAAUGCUAUAAAGCGCCCUUCGUUCAGUGUUGAAACACUGACAGAGCCGUUUACGCCUCCGUCAAAUGACACAGAUCUAGACGGUGCAGAUUCAGCACGUCUUGCGGAUCCUAGGCUGGCUGAAUGGAGCUUUGACAGUGCCAACAACCCCUUUGAAGGAGGACAGUCUUCCAUGAGCCUGAAGGAGCCGAGUGACGAAGAGGCGCCUUCUGUGGAGAACAGCACAGAGAACUCGGAGCCGAAUCCAGAGCCAGCUGAUCCCAAACCACACUUUGUUGCAGAGCCCUUUGGUUUCCAGCUGACUGAUGGUAGUUUAUGUGGUUUUGAGUAUUGUAAAUCACAGUACUUUGCUGGAUAUCUGAUGAGCACACUACUGAGUGCACUGCAGCACUGCAGGGCAUCGACUCCAAGACUGUGA